CUACAAAGGAACUAAAGCACUCUGGGAAGACAACACUCAACAGAUUGAAACAUGGCGAUGCACGUUCCUAAGGCACCGGGCUUUGCCCAAAUGUUAAAAGAAGGUGCUAAGCACUACAGUGGGCUAGAUGAAGCUGUUUACAGAAAUAUUGAUGCCUGCAAGGAACUAGCUGCAACUACUGCAUCAGCUUAUGGACCACUUGGCCAGAAUAAAAUGGUCAUCAACCACAUAGAGAAGCUGUUUGUGACAAAUGAUGCUGCCACUAUUUUACGUGAACUGGAAGUCCAGCAUCCUGCUGCAAAGAUGAUUGUGUUGGCAUGCCAACAGCAAGAACAGGAAGUUGGAGAUGGAACCAAUUUUGUCAUGGUUUUUACUGGGGCUUUAUUAGAACAUGCUGAAUCCUUACUGAGAAUGGGUUUAUCUGUUACUGAAGUCACAGAAGGUUAUGAGUUGGCCUGUAAAAAAGCUUUGGAUGUUCUUCCAAGUUUAGUCUGUGGUGAACUGAAGAAUCUACGAAUUAAGGAAGAUGUAUAUAAGACUAUCCGAACAUCAGUAAUGAGUAAACAGUAUGGAAAUGAAGAUUUUCUAGCUAAUCUUAUAACAGAUGCUUGUAUAUCAAUACUCUCAGGAAAAUCAACAUUUAAUGUAGAUAACAUCAGAGUCAGUAAGAUUUUGGGCUGUGGUAUCAACCAGUCUGAGGUAGUCCAAGGUAUGGUGUUUAAACGUUACGUUGAAGGCGAUGUUACCAAGGCAAACAACUGUAAAAUAGCUGUUUAUUCAUGUCCAUUAGACUCUCUACAAACUGAAACAAAGGGAACAGUCAUCAUCAAAUCUGCUGAUGAAUUAAUGAACUACAGUAAAGGUGAAGAAAAUCAAAUAGAGGCACAAAUAAAAUCCAUAUCCGAUGCUGGUUGCUCCGUAAUUGUUUCUGGUGGUAAAGUAGGAGAAUUAUGUCAACAUUACUGUAAUAAAUAUAAAAUAAUGGUUGUACGACUCAUGUCCAAGUGGGAUCUCAGGAGGCUGUGUCGAUCUGUAGGAGCAACACCUUUACCUAGAAUAACAGCACCAACAGCAACUGAGGCUGGUCACUGUGAUCGUGUAUAUGUAGAUGAAAUAGGUGACACUUCUGUUAUUAUCUUUAAACAAGACAAAGAAGAAAGUGCUAUAGCUACCAUAGUAAUUAGAGGUUCUACAGAUAAUAUUAUAGAUGAUGUAGAAAGAGCAGUAGAUGACGGCAUUAAUACAUUCAAAGCUCUUACUAAGAAUGGAAAACUCUUACCAGGAGCUGGAGCAACAGAAAUAGAACUGGCAAAACAAAUAACAACUUAUGGAGAGGGUGAACCAGGAUUAGAACAGUAUGCUAUUAAGAAGUUUGCUGAAUCUUUAGAAAAUUUACCAAGAGCUAUUGCUGAAAAUGCAGGAGCUAAGGCAACUGAAGUAUUAUCUAGAUUAUAUGCUGCUCACCAUGAAGGAAAGAAAAAUGCUGGCCUUGAUAUUGAGACACAAGGUGUUGGUAUCAAGGAUUCUACAGAGAUGAAACUGGUAGAUUUAUACCUCAAUAAGUACUGGGGAUUAAAGUUUGCAACACAAGCAGCAUGUACUAUCCUAACAGUAGAUCAGAUUAUAAUGGCUAAAGCUGCUGGAGGACCUAAACCAAAGGAGAACAAGGAUUGGGAUGAGGAUUAAUCGGAUUACAAGAUUUAGCGUGGUGUUCCUAAUUAUGUGUCUCGCUUUCAGAACAAAUUUAAAUUAUUCAAAGACGGAAGGAAAUAGCAGAUGUGUUCAGUUUUCAUUUCAAAUCAUCAGAUCUGUAAAAACUAUUACAAUAUUGACAUUACCAUGAAACUAUUUCAUUUUGUCUGAAUAUCAUGUAAUUAUUCAUCAUUUAAUGAAUAUUACAUGCUUCAAUAUUUCUCUUUGUGGGCAUUUAUCUUUUGCUCAUUUUUGUUUUUCAUGUUUUUGUCUAUUGUGAAAAAAAUAUCUGAAUGGGUGGAAAUAUAUUUUCUAGCAGUUGAUUAAAGUAGAAUUUAUCAAGAACGAUCUAAUCAAAGCAAGAAAAUAUAUCAUGAGAAUAAUGGUAAUACUGUACUCGUACCUUAUGCAUUUCCACUUUAAAUUUUAUUUUUCUGUUUCAAUAGUGCUUACAUGAUUCAUUAAGAGCAAUGUUCUGUUUAACAUCUGCAUAUUUGUUUUGUUUUGAAUGAUUUCAUAAAUCCCUUUUUUUUUUAUGUCUAAAGUGUCAUUUUGUAAAUUAUUUAUAACAAAAAUAAAAAUUAUACACAUUA